AAUCCUCUUUACAUUUGUUUCUUCUGUUUCAAGUAAUGGAAGAUACAAAUUCUACAGAUACGAAUAUACCUCAUUAAUAAUUGAAUGAGAAACGUGCAUAAUAUAUUUGCAAUCUAACACAGUGCAAAUACCACCAACUGUUAUACAAGACCGAAUACAGAUAUCGUAUCGCAUAUAAAAGGAAAAAUGGUGAGUAGCCUCCUCUAUUCAGUUCGUAAUUUGAUCUGGAUUUCAUUUGCAACGAGAGAGAAUGAAGUUAAUUAUUCUGUUCGCUGUGAUUGUCAUCAUUCAGCAGACUUCCUGCGAUGAAUCUGAACGGAUCGUUGGUGGUGACAUAGCUACACACGGUCAAUUUAAAUAUCAAGUUUCUCUUGAAUCUUAUGGCGAGCAUAUUUGUGGAGGUAGCAUCAUUAGUCCAAUACAUAUUGUCACUGCUGCACAUUGCGUAAAUGACGAUUUCUAUACAAAUGGUAUGGUUGUUGUAACCGGCACUAUCAGUCCGACACUGUACGGUGGCGAAAAGCACAACAUCAAAUGUAUUCGGAUACACCCAAGUUACACUGGUGAAAAAGAGGGCGGCUGGAAGCACGACAUCGCUGUUAUAACCCUAAACAAACCGAUCAAGAUAAAUAAUAUCCAAGGUCCAAUUCCUUUAGCAAGUAAAGACUAUAUUAACGGCGGCAAGCGCGGUAUUAUAAGCGGAUGGGGAAAAACUUCAAUAAAUUCACCAUCUUCGUCGAUGCUCAAAUGGCUUAGCGUGAACGUUUUGAGCCAAGAGCGCUGUCUGCAUGGUCAUAAAAAUCCACGUACUAGCGAAAAUCACAUCUGUACGCUGGAAAAGGUUGGGCAAGGUGCUUGCCAAGGUGACAGUGGCGGCCCUCUCGUUGUCGAUAAUGAGCUCGUUGGCGUCGUCUCUUGGGUUUUGCCUUGCGCUUUAGGUGUAUCUGAUGUUUAUACUAAUAUUUAUAAAUAUCUCGAUUUUAUCAAAGAAUCUCAGUUAAUAUGCUAAAUUGUCUUUAAAAUAUUAUCUGGUUUCAAGAUUUUUUAAUUUUCUAAAUAAGAUAACGAGCC